CGUGAGCUUUUUUGGUUGUGAAAUUGAAACGAUGAUGCGGUGUAUAAAAGAAAUUGUAUCUUUUGGAACAACAAUACACCUACUUGAGCGAUUUCCCGCCUGGAGAACAUGGCUCUGGUGAAGACCUACAUCAUCGACAGCAACUCCAUUCCAUGGGUCUUGUGGGUACCACCAGCAACGGCAGCGGAUGGUAGGUUUACAAUUGGUGGGCCACAGGUGGUGGCGUUUCACUUUCUUGGGAACCGGCACGGAGACACGUUGGACAAGUGGACGAAGCUGCUGGACGAGUUGGCACAGGAGUACGCCGGUCGGAUAUUGUUCGGAUUGCGUGACAUCUCCAGCAUAGGGCAGUUUAAUGAGAACCUGAAUCCGGACGACUUUGGCAGCUACCGGAAGGGAUUGCCGCCGCGGAUCUAUGGCAAGGACUGCGAGGGCGAAGUCUACGAUAUGCACAAGCUGGUCAGCGCCAAGUACCUGCGGGAGUUUUGCGACCAGCUGCUGGGGGAUCAGCUCUUCCGUGCUGUAGUCCUGGGCGCCACCCCAUCGCUGGACACCCAGCCAAGGAAUUUCUACGAAAUGCGGGUGGAGAGCAGCCGCGAUAUGCUGGUGAUGCUCUACGAUCCCGCCUGCUACUACUGGCCCAUCCAGAAGCGGAUGCUGCGCAAGCUGGUCCGCCUGCUAGCCAGCGAGGAUCUGCCCAUUGUGAUCGUGGACAAGGCGAAUAACUACCUGGGCGUGGGCUUCUCCAGCCGGCUGGUCAACUGUCACGGCUCCAUCAUCUUCACCACGCCACGUCGCGAUGGUUGGAACAUGACGUUGUCGGUGCGAAUGGAGAGCGCACGUGGCUAUCUGCGAUACAUUGCCGGCAACAGGCAGCCGGAGCUGAAGGACUUCGAUGCCGAGGGGGAGCCGAGAGCACCGGAGCACGCCAUGGAGUACAUCCAGUAUUUGUUUUAGAUCUCAUCUUUAAGUGAGUGGCAAGUCACACAGUAUAACUAUAAUUUAUAAUCCUUGUUGAGCGCAAGAAGAUCAGCAUCCGUUAAGUUACUAAUCAUUGCAAUACUAAAACUAAAAGUUAAAAUGAAACAAUAUUACCAAUAUCACGACUAUUUACUAAAGAUAUUUAUCUGCACGUCCAUAUGUAGUCACACCUAAAUAUAGACACAUAACCAGAAGGCGAUAACAAACCAAGCUCGGAAUGGCUCCAAGACCCAAGCACCAAAAAUAAGAACUACUCGGUUUAGAGAUAAGAGUGUGUAUUCAGAACUUGACUUUGUUGUUCGCAUCCCGCGGCUGGACGUGGAUCAUGACCUUGAUAGCGCCUCCGGUGCCGCGGCGGGAGGUCUCGAACGCCUCGGCCGUCUCCGUGAUGUCGUAGUGGUGCGUCACAAGCCGCUUCACGUUCACCUUGCCCGAAGCCACCAGAGCCAAAGCGGCGGAAUAGCUAAAGUUGCAGAGUUAUCAGUAGUGGUUGACCCACGAUGGUGCCCCGAAUCCAGCGAUAACUUACUCGUUGCAGUAGCGGAAGACGCCACGGAUGUCGAUCUCACGUGCCAGAGCGUUGAUCAGGGGCAGCUUGAUCUCGGGUGCGCCCAUGCCCACAAUCACUACCACUCCGCCGGAGCGAGUGGCCUAAAAAGAAGGUAGCGGAUUUAUGCCCGGUCAUUAACCCAAAGCCAGUACCAAUCCACUUACAAAGAUGGCCAGGCGGGCGCUGCUCUCGGCUCCGCAGCAAUCGAUGGACUUGUCCGGCACCUCGCUCAUCGUCUGGUGCACCACCUUGACGGUCUCCUCGGCGGACUGGUCCCGCUGCAGGAGCAGCGUGUGCGUGGCGCCCAGCUCCUUGGCCACAUCCAGGCGCUGCUGCACCAGAUCGGUGAUCAGGAUCUCAGAGGCACCCAUGGCCUGGGCAGCCUAGGUGGGUAAAAAGUUGAAUCUCCUUCAGUUCGUGACACAUUAAUCGACUUUCUUACCAGCAGCGUAACCAAACCAAUGGGACCAGCGCCCAGGAUGAGCACCUUGGAGCCCAGACCGACGCCAGCACGACGGCAGGCGUGAACUCCCACGGACAGGGGCUCCAGGAGGGCGCCCUCCUCCAUGCUGACGUGAUCCGGCAGCUUGAAGCAGAAGUCAGCGGCGUGCUUGUAGUACCUGGUCAGGUUACCAUCGUACGGAGGCGUGGCACAAAAGACCAUGUCGGCGCACAAGUUGUAGCGGCCCUGUUUGCAGUGAUCGCAGUAGCGGCAGGGCACUCCCGGCUCAAUGGCCACGCGGUCGCCCACCUGGAGGGUGGUCACAUUCUUACCCAGCUUGGCCACCACGCCGGCUGCCUCGUGGCCAAUGAUCAUCGGCUUGGUCAGCACAAAGUCCCCGAUGCGUCCGUGGGCCAGGUAGUGCACGUCGGAUCCGCAGAUGCCCACGCUGUCCAUGGCCAGGAGAACCUCUGAGCAGGAGAAGGGAAUAUGAAAGCCAUUAGAUGUACAUAUGUACCUAUGGAUCAAUUCCUAGGCAAUGGAGUGGUUUUUAUGACUGGCAGUACUUGCAAUUCAAAGAUAUAAAUCACUUUACUAGCUGAAUUCGUGACAAUUUUGUAAUCUGUACUAUCAGAAAGUCUUAUCAGAUGGUAAAUGUGGUAUAAAUCGACAAACUUAUUAGAUUUUAUGGCCUUUAGGUACAAUAUCAUAACAACAGCUCAUGCAAUCACUACAUGUUGUUACUUGAAUAGCAAUGAUAUGUAAAUAUAUUUUGAAAACAAAUACAUCAGCUUUUCAUUGUAAUUGGACUCUAAAUCGAACUCAACAGGAUGUACAUAUAUGCAAAGGUGCAUUUUUCUUAGUGUACGAAUCACUUACCAUCGUCGGCUAUUUCCGGAACUGGGCGUUGCUCCUGCAGGAAGCGAAUUAGCAGUUGCCUGACUUAUUUCCGGUUUCUACUUACCAAUCGCAGGUCCUCGAUUCCGUGGAGAACAGCUGUUAAAUUAUCGGUUGCCAUGAUUACCGCUUGAUUUCUUGUAUUUCCACUUUUCGUUGCACAACCGUUCGCUUGGAAAGCUGAUUUAGCACUGAAUUCAUUAUCCGAUCUGCCCGAUAUGCUGUGCUGGCAUAUAUAUGUCUAUACGUAUGUAUAUAAUGUAUAAAUUUUAUAAAUUUGCGUAUUUAUGUGUGUGUUUGCUUGGACCGGAAUACAGUUGCUAUCAGUUAUAUUGACUGUGAAGAGCAGAAGCCAAACACUGCUAUCAUCUAACAUUAGCAUUAUGGCACCAAUUUACAUAGAUACUCGCCGGAAUAGCGGCACUUAUAUCUCUGCCUUCCGCUCAAAUUACAGUUAUAUUCUAAUAAGACGAGCCCCCAGUUCGUUUUAUUCGCUCUCCCCUGUAAUUUGUUGCUGCUCAUUCUCUCACUUCUCUCGCUCACUCACAUGCGACCAGCCCCAAGAACAGCUGUUUUGUAUUUACCCCAAGUGUUUACAUAUUUCGUGUGGGCGUUUCGCCGGCAAAAACAAACCGAGAAAAAGCUCCGUUGUUCUCUUCGAGUCGUUCUUAUUACAUAUGUACACUGAGAGUAUUUUAUACGCUUAAAAGAAUGCAUAAUUAAUUAAUAGACAAAUAAAUAAAUGAAUAAAAGCAAAAAAUCUAAGCACUAAUUCACUUAUAAAAUUAGUUUAUUAGAUUAGUUUAAGUGGUACUUGAAUAUAAAGUAAAAUUUUGACAAGUGUACACAAACGUACAUGUGCCCAAAUACGUAACGUUAUCACUUGAUUUAUAAGCUUGCGCUGCUGGAAGUUAAUUGAAAUAGAAAUACGUACAAAUAUUUAUGCAAUUUAAAUAAUGUGUAGCUUUUCCCACUUAAGAACGCAAUAAGAUUAACCAGUUUGCUUGUGUUUGCUAUACGGUUUUAUUGGCUUUAUUUCUCUGGCUAAUAUAUUCAUUUCAAUAAGUGUUUGAUAUUCGGGUUCUUAACAUAUAGAAUUUCUAUUUUAAAAACGUUUCUGCUUAUAUAAGUACAUAUGUAUGUAUGUGUAUAAAUGUCCGUGUGGCUUUGCUGCGGCUUUUUUAUUGACGUAGAAAUAAAAAAUAUUUGCUUAAAACUAAGAAAAAGUUUCCAUCACGUCAACUGCGCAUUUAAGUGUUGGCUGUUUUAUUUGGUUUUAGUUCACUUUGAAGAUAAAUGCAUCGUAUUCGGUAAAUGCUAUAAGUUCCUUAAACAGUUUUAAAUUUGGCUUUGAGUUAGAGAAAGGAAAGCUGAGAUUCAAGUCUGCAGGCUAGUGCCCAACUACAACAGUUUACUGUCUUUUCUUUUUUGUAACAACCUUGCAAAUGGUCAUAAAUUAAAGUGGAUGGAUAGUUAGUGAAGUAAACUAUUACCAUAAUCAGACAAAGAAUCCAAUUGAACCUCUAUUAUUGAGCAAUCAUUAGUUUUGGCGACACUUGCAAGAUUAUAUCAGUUCCGAAACUACCGAGCUAUUUAGAGGUUUUUCUUGCAUUUUGCAUUAUAGACGCUGUGCGAGUGUUAGAUCUCUAGUAACUUAAGACUUUCUAGGGCUUCUUGGAUUAUGUAUGUAAGUUGUGGCUUCGAUAUCUAUAUAUAUAUAUUGUAUUUCCGUUCACUAAAGCUGCAAUUGCAGAGACAUACGCUGAUGUCAAGUUGAAAGGAACAAAUUUGGCCAAAGGAAACUUAAUGUGUCGAUCUGCGUAUGUAAUUACGUUUUUUUUAUAUCACACUUAUGGUCGAAACGAAACUGGAACCAGUUACCAGGUCCUCUUACAUGCCACAUCCCACAUCCUACAUGGAUAGUUCCUGGCGCGGUUUGUUGAUGUGCAGCCGCUGAGGAUCCUGCGGCGCCACACAAAUGUCCGUGAGGAUGACCACCUCGUAGGGACUGCAGUCGGGCAUUCGCAAGAAGCCGCACAACCAGCCGUAGAAUCCCUUCUCGAUAUCCGUAAUGUCGUUCACCCAACUGCUGUACUGCAAACUUAACUGCCGCAAUCCCGAGUAGAUUCCCAGGCCGAAGGUGCACAGCACGAUGGCCAGCGGAUAGAUCACGAACAGCAGCGGCGUCACCAGGAUCUUGUGCAGAAGGAGUACACCGCCGAAACGACGGACACAAACGGCAGGCAAAACAGCGAGAUGAGCAGAAUGUGGAGACCGGUGCCACAGCUGCAGGUGCAGCACAAAUUGCCACCCUUUUGGGUAUCGCUGGCCAUCGCAUGGGCGUUCAGCUGCUCCAGCUCCUCGCGACUAAUGUUGAUCUGUAGGUCCACGGACUGGCCCUUCUUGCGACCCCGCUUAAUGGUGCCCGUCAUGGUCAGGUAGUUGCCGCCGCCCUCCUUGCGCGCCUGAUAGCCACGCUCCAGACUCUGGUCGUAGUUGUUCAGGACACUCGUUUCGCCGGACUCCAGAUCCUCGUAGUUGGCUAUCUCCGGUGAGGAGCGCUGAUUGCGCCCCUGGCCGGGCAGAUCGGUUGUCCGGAUGUUGACCCGCUUCUUGGAGGACGAUCGGUUGCUUAGGCAGUCCUGCGACUUGCUCAACUUGGCGUCCAGGCUGCUCUCCGAGUAGCAACAGCUGCUGGGCGUCACCGUGCUGCUCUCGUGCCGCUGCGACGUGGACUUGGUGCCUUGCGAUAUGGAUUCGAAGUUCUGCAGCUCGUUGAGAUUACUGUUCGACCUGGCCGACUUCUGGCUGUGCUGCGUGGAGCUGGCCGAGUGGGUGCUGGCCAGUGUAUCGUGGGCACCGGGCACACCCAGCUCUCCCGGCAGCUGCGGCAGCGGCUGCUUGUUCUUGAUGAUCAGCUUGGACUUGCGGAGCUCCUCCUCAAGUCCCGGAUUGGAGGGCGACAGUUUGGGUCGAUUUUGCUGGCGUAAAAACAAUAAGGAAGUUUAUCAGUACUCAAUAAGUUUUAUAUGCAAUAAAUAUGAGACCUAA